GGCGGACGCCGAGCAGAAGAAGAAGAGGACCUUCAGGAAGUUCACAUACAGAGGAGUGGAUUUGGACCAGCUGCUUGAUAUGUCCUAUGAGCAAAUCAUGCAGCUGUACUGUGCUCGCCAACGCCGCCGUCUAAACAGAGGCUUGCGCCGCAAACAGAACUCCCUUCUAAAACGUCUGCGCAAGGCCAAGAAGGAAGCACCUCCCAUGGAAAAACCAGAGGUUAUUAAGACCCAUCUGAGAGACAUGAUCAUCUUGCCAGAAAUGGUUGGAAGCAUGGUGGGAGUAUACAAUGGCAAAUCCUUCAAUCAGGUUGAAAUUAAGCCUGAGAUGAUUGGUCAUUACUUGGGUGAAUUCUCAAUCACAUACAAGCCUGUGAAGCAUGGCAGACCUGGUAUUGGUGCCACCCACUCCUCUCGUUUCAUUCCUCUGAAGUAA